CCUAUUUCGCAUGCUCCUCCAGGAAUAUGGACGCCUUUAGUGUCGCAUUACAUAUCGCUUUGGUAUUUUAUCUCAUCACACCUGGAUCGUCAACUUGUCUGACUGGUUGCACCUGCACAGAUGACAACUUGGGAAGGUCUUUACUAUGUAUGGAAACCUCCAUGGGACGAAUCCCAGAGGACAUCCCAUAUGAUUUCACUAAAAUCCGAAUUGAAAACUGCCACCUGACCGAGUUACCUCAAGGAUCGUUCUCUAAAGUAAGCGCCUUGGAGUCCCUCUGGCUGAAUUUCAAUGAGAUCUCCCUGAUGAACAUCAAAAGCCUGGACGGGCUGGCCAACCUGACUGAGCUCAGGCUGCAAGGGAACAAGCUGACUUCGGUAACAUGGACGGCGUUUCAGGACACACCGAAACUGAAGAUUUUGGACCUGAAGCACAAUCGACUAGACGUCCUGCCUGAACACGCUCUGAGACACUUACCUGCACUGACCUACUUAGAUUUAUCCUUCAAUCAGCUUAGUGUCAUAUCAAAAGAUGUCUUCAUUAAUUGGCCGCUUUACCAAACCGCACAGAAAGCAUGGGGGAAAGAAGGGGUGGUCUCAAAUGUGGUUCUGGCGCUACAUGACAACCCCUGGUUGUGCGAUUGCCGCCUCAAAGGCUUCGUAGAAUUCAUCCGGGCGGUCAGCCCUCCCAUCAUUCUCAUGAACUCUUAUUUGAUGUGUUCGGGCCCCGCCUCCAAAGCUGACAAGUUUUUCCACGAGAUCCAGUUAAAAACAUGCAUGAAGCCGGUGGCCUCUGCCCCAGAGACUAGCAUCACUUCACCUCUCGGAGCAAAUGCAACACUCACAUGCUUAGUGAAGGCCAGGCCAGGUCCAACCAUUCAGUGGAUGUACGCUCUGAAGAUUAUAAGAGGAUUUGCUGCUACAGAGACUCACGUAGACGAGGAGACCGUCACCUCCCAGCUGGUGAUCCCCUCUCUUCACCUGGCAGACCGAGGACUCUACACCUGCAUGGCCAACAACUUCAUCGGCAACUCCUCUGUCAGCAUCACGGUUAACAUCAGCUCCUCCAAUUCCUCCGCGCCUCUCCCUCCACCUGUCCCCAUAUUGUCGUCAGAUGAGAAUGCCUACAUUGACAUCCGCAUCGCCAAGCAGACAGUUUACGGUAUCACCCUGGAGUGGUACGCAGCAACGGACAACCCACUAGAAACCUGGUUCACCAUCCACUUUGGCAAAUACGAUUCACACAAAAAGGAGUUGAUCUACAUCGGCCCCGGCAUCAACAGCUACACCGUCAGCGACCUGCUUCCUGUCACCAAAUAUGAGGUGUGCGUGACCCUUAAGAAUCAUCCGCCGAGGGAAGGCCAGUGCAUCGUUUUCGUGACGGGAAGUGACAUCAGCGAGCUGGAGCAAAGAGAGAGACUCAUCCACAUUAUCGUCAUUGUGUGUGCCAUGGUGCUGGCGGUACCGGCCGGCAUGUUUGCCUGCACCACGGAGGCCAGGUUCAGCUGCGUGGAUCGCUGCGUGAAACUGUGGAAGAGGCGUAGGCUACAUGGAGAGGACCUGCAGACGGAGAGGCAGGGCACUUUUGACAGCCUGCAGGCGGCCAGCGAUGAAGGCCUGUGCAGGGACUCGGGUGAAAAGACAAAAAAGAGGCGGAAGUCUGAGGAUAAGGGCAAAGGAGGAAGUGCAGCUCAACUGUACUAGCAUCAAAGUCAAGAAAUGUACAUACAUGUAAAUAAUGUCAGUGUGCUUCUCAUGUAUUAUUAUUAAAUUGGAGUCACAGGGCGAAGCAUUCAAUAAAUACCGGUGAUCAUUGAAAAAUCACUAAUGCAUGAGAGGCACAAACCGGGGCUAUUAAGUAUAUAGUCAUCUUGUAAAUAUAUAUCUCAAGCUAUCAGCUCAAUGUGGAGAUGCCUUUCUUCCUUAUUAUAAGGAGAGUUUGUUAUUAUCUGUGUUAAUAUACAUGUGCAAAAAGAAGUUUGUGAUAAAAUGCAUUUCAUAUUU